CUCUCUGUUGUUUCUCUCUCACUCCAGUCCAAAGUCCAAGCCAGGGGACCAGAUGAUUUGCCUGACUAUAAAAGAGACCCUGUAUCUGACUAGCAGCACAACACCAUAAACACACACACAAACACUCACAACCCAUCCAUCCAUCACAGUCAUAAACUCUGCCUGCACUGCAUGAGUUUGGCAAAUACAUUUGACAAAUAUUACAACAUAUCAAAACACUCAAUGACCAGAUACAGGCAAGCUUUACACAACAAUCAUGGGGCAUCUCAGCAGACACCUUUGAUAGCACUUAAAUUAAGGACACUCUCUCUCUCUCUCAAACACACACACACACACACACACAGAAAACACACAUCACUGGCUGCACUGAUAAAGCUGCUGUUUAUAGCAGCACGAGAGGACUGACUUGUUUGUGCAUCAUUCAUCUAAACUAAAGUUGGCGAGAGGAGGAUGCACUAAACAGCACAAACACCAAAUUCUUGGUAAUGGACUUGCUCCACAGCUCCGGUGUGAGCAGCACAUACUACCUGCAGACCCACUUCAGCCACAGGCAGGGCUACUUCCUGUCAGUCUCUAUGGCAACUGACCUACGUAACACCUUCUUCUUGUUGUUCCCCAUAUGGUUUCAUCUACGGCAAGCUGAAGCCAUCAAACUGGUGUGGGUGGCAGUUGUGGGAGACUGGGUCAACCUCAUGCUGAAAUGGCUUCUGUUUGGAGAACGUCCCUAUUGGUGGGUUCAGGAGACGGGUUACUAUGGUAACUCCUCCCAGCCAAUGAUAGAGCAGUUCCCCAUGACCUGCGAGACUGGACCAGGAAGUCCGUCAGGUCACGCCAUGGGGGCUGCAGGAGUCUACUACACCAUGAUGUCAUCACUUGUUGCCAUAGUGUUGAAGGAAGAAGGACAUCAAAUCAAGAAAUGGUGUGUGCGUGUCUCACUGUGGACACUGUUCUGGUGUGUGCAGCUGUGUGUGUGCCUCUCCAGGGUCUUUGUCGCUGCUCACUUCCCACACCAGGUCAUCACAGGAGUUGUCAUAGGUAUCCUGGUGGCAGAAUCUCUCAGCCGGACCUGGCAGAUCCGCAAGGCCGGCCUGUACUCUUACCUCCUCACCUCCCUGCUCCUCCUGUCCCUGGCUCUCCUCUUGUACCUGUGCCUCCAGCUGGUUGGCGUGGACCUCCUCUGGAGUGUGGAGAAAGCGCGGUGCUGGUGCCGCCGAGCAGAAUGGGUCAGCGUGGACACCAGCCCCUUGGCCAGCUUGUUCAGAAACACUGGGACUCUGCUGGGCCUUGGCCUGGGGCUCCACUCGCCUCUGCAUGCUCACGCCAACACAGUGAUGGCCGGCAGGUAUGCUAAGGGUGCCAUCUACAGGUCCGUCUGUUUAAGUGCAACACUGGUGCUGCUGCACUUAUUUGACUCUGCUUUUCGGCCACCAGUACACAGCGGAGCUCUGUUCUAUCUGCUGUCGUUCUGUAAAAGUGCCACUGUGCCUCUGGCUACUGUGGCUAUAGUUCCCUACUGUGUCACUGCAGCACUGGGAUACAAAGCUGAGAAGCUUGUGUGA